GCUGUUCCGCUACGAAGACGCAUUUAAUCCUCUCUAAGAAAAUAAACAGCGUCUGUUAAGGUACUGUAUUAACAAAUGGCAUGCAGAUGCGCGUAACUUGUCCUUGUCCUAUAUUAUAGACUGUCAUAGUGAUAAUCGAAGGCGUCAGUCGUUGAUUCGGUCCCACAAGUGUUCUGUUUAUUAACUUCAGAGGUCGGCAUUGAAGGCACGCAGUUAAAUCAGUGUUCAUGCCGGACUUUGAGCAUUUCAGAUUUUCCUACUCCAGAAUGAAUCCAGUAUUGGGGGAGAAUGUAUACUCGUUUCAGCAGAACCAGCUGACGGGCUUCGCGGACUCCGCGUCUUCGGGCCACUGGACAGACCCAGCGGGCCUCUACCUGAGCGAGCACACGGGUGGCAUCGGGCAGGAUGGGCUGGACAUGGGCGCUUUACCGCCUCCGGGAUCUCCGUAUCUGCACCUGGGUAACUAUCUGCACCGGGUGUCUCCACCUCCUCCUGCCGCCACGGCCCUGCGGAACGACUUGGGAUCCAACAUUAGCGUCCUCAAAACUCUAAACCUGCGCUUUCGCUGCUUUUUAGCCAAAGUCCACGAACUGGAACGCCGGAAUAAAGUGUUGGAAAAGCAACUGCAGCAGGCUUUGGAUGAAAACGCGGAGUGCGCGGAAAAUAAAAAGCCUUUGACGCGAGAUGUGGGGGUCCAGACGGGCUUCGUUGGAUUGAUUCCCAUCAGGCCAGAUUUGAUUCCCAUCCAGAACGCGAACGACACCGCGUAUCUGUCUGGAGGCCUGCUGUCUCCGACUCCCAUCAUCCCUCUCGAGCCCACUAACAGGACAGCAGUCGAAAACUUUCUAAACCCAUCCAAACUGACAGACUCCAAUUCCAAUCUCACCCCAAAAUUCCCCCUCAGCCCGAUUGAUCCUACUCCAAAGCCCUUUAGUAAUAUUAACGGGAAGUAUGUCAGUACUGGUAUCGGUUGCACCAGCAACCCUCCUCCCAGAUUUCACCCCGGGUCCGCGUGGUCGUACAAUCAGAGGUACGGCACCGGGCGUGAGCCGCGGGUCUCGGGUCCUGGCGUGUCCUCCUCAUGGGUGCCUCCAGACGGAGUGGGUGUCCAAAUCGACACCAUCACACCGGAGAUUCGGGCCCUGUAUAAUGUACUCGCCAAGGUGAAGAGGGAGAGAGACGAGUACAAACGGAGAUGGGAAGAGGAAUACACGAUGCGGGUGGAUCUAGAGGAAAAAGUAGCAGAGCUUGAAGAGGACCUGCAGGAGAGCGAGGUGUGUCAGGAUGAACUGGCUCUGAGGGUUAAGCAGCUUAAAGCAGAUCUGGUUUUGUUCAAAGGUCUCAUGAGCAAUAAUCACUCGGAUUUGGACAGUAAGAUCCAGGAGAAGGCCAUGAAAGUGGACAUGGACAUCUGUCGCAGGAUUGACAUCACAGCUCGUCUCUGUGAUGUCGCCCAACAGAGAAACUGCGAAGAUAUGAUUCAGAUCUUCCAGCAAGUAGCCACACCUCCGUCAACCCUGACUCGUCGUCCUCGAAAACCAGCCCCGCAGACCAUAAGAGGGAACGACAGUGAUGAGCCAAUCAGCAUCUCUGAAAGUGAGGAGAGCGGGAAUAAGGAGGUGGAGCUGUGUUGCUCCUCCACCAAUCAGAUCAAUGAAGAGAUGCAAAGGAUGCUCAACCAGUUACGCGAGUCUGAGUUUGAGGAUGACUGUGACAGUCUUGCAUGGGAAGAAACCGAGGAAACUCUCUUACUCUGGGAAGAUUUUCCUGGAUACACCUUCAGUGUUGAGAACCAAGGAGAGCAGGAGGAGUCCAUAGAGAAGGUGAUCAAAGACACUGAAUCCCUCUUUAAGUCCCGGGAGAAGGAAUAUCAAGACACCAUUGACCAAAUCGAGUUGGAGUUGGCCACUGCUAAGUCAGAUAUGAACAGGCAUUUGCAUGAGUAUAUGGAGAUGUGCAGCAUGAAAAGAGGAUUGGAUGUUCAAAUGGAGACCUGUCGACGAUUAAUCACUCAAAGUGGAGACAGAAAGUCUCCUCUCCUCAUUCCAGCUGCUGUGGAGGAGGGAGAGAAUGCGGAGAAGGAGAGGAAAAGAGCAACUGCGGCAAAUUCUGACAGUGCCGAACCCUAUUACGACAUGCAGGCAAACUCUUCUGUCCCGGACCACACGUGGAAAAAGGCUUAAGCGAUUUAAUGUCCCGCCAGAAACAAAGUAACAGCUGCAAUUAUACGCAAAUGAUCACUGAUCGUUUCUUAAUAGAGACUGUGAUGCAGCAAACGGGUUAUAGUUACCAUCUGAAAGGCAAGUUUCAACCUUGUGUGCUUUCACUAGUGCCCUCUAUUGGAACACAGCAGUAAUGGUCCUAAAAAAAGCACUAUAAAAAGUGGCCUAUUAAAUUCCGUCUAAAUAUAUGAGGGCUGGUUACACUAUUUUAGAUGAUAUUAUUUUAUUUAUUUAUUUGUACGCAGGUAAACACCACUGUUAUGUAGUACAUUUUGUAAUUUGUCA